AAAAUGCCUCUGUAUUUUGCCCUUAAAAGAACUUUCACCCAGACAACACCACCAUAUACACAGGCCACUGCUGCAUCUGUUCCUCCGCCGCAAAAUUUGGGGGUUUGCCGUGAUUUCCGAACUCCAUAGGUUCCACCCACACAGCAACAACAGCCGUCGCUUGACCACCACCACCGCCGUAAGAAUAAGAACAAUUAUCUUGAAUGAUAUGCUGUAGACCGAUCUGUGAGGUUUACAAGAAGAGGUUUGUUAUUCUAAAGUUAAUCACCUAACCUAACCUAACGAAUGGCGGCAAGUCAAGAGGAUGUGAAGCAUAUCGAGGACUGCUCUGUUGCCAAUGCGUUGGGCACAUGGGUUUUCUCCGUAGCUGGUGCUUUGCUUGCUAUACCAAUAGGAAUAAAGAGGAAAUCACUUGCACCCCUCGUGUUUUUUGGGACUACAGGGACAAUGGUCGAUAUAAUUUUGGGAAUUAGUGCCUGCGAGAGAGAACAUGCUGAACGCCAAUUGAAGAUUCUUGAACAACAACAAACUUCUUCCGAUGAUGCAUUUUGAGCCUUGUUCUCACGGUUAUCGGUAUUUUGUUCUACAACUUUGUGUAGUCGAUAAAGUUUGAUCUGUGAUGACAUCAAAUUUGGUUUGAACAUUCCAAGUCUUGGCGUAAAACAAAUAUAAUUGUGUUCGAUUUUGAGAUUGA